AUGCAAGGAGGGAAAGAGAGAAAGGGCAAUGGAUUAGGGGUGGUAGUGGUGGAAGGUCGCUUGGAAGAGAAGCGUGAUGAUGGGGGAAUUGGGAUACUUCAGUUUGAGGACAAGCUUGACAAGGAAAAAAGGGAAGAACAGAGAAAUAAACAAUGGCUUCUUCUUGUAUUGCUCAAUGAAUGCAAUUCUGCAGGGUGGUAUUUAUUUGCUCUUGCCACGGGAUGA